AUGCAAUAAUAACAAGACAUUGAGCUUAAAUAUUAGGCACCUGAAGAAAAAUUUUAAGAAAUUUUUCUGGACUACUAAAAGAAACAUAAUGAGAAUAUGAUAUUUGAUUCAGAUGAACUAACAACGAUUUACAAUGAACUUCAAAAAAAGAAGGUAUACUUAACAUCCUACAUUGCACAAGGUGGUUAUGGAUGUGUUUUUGAGGCUAAAUACAAUGGAGAAAUAGUAGCUGUCAAAUGUAGCAAACCUAAAUUUGAUAAAAUCAAAGAAGAAGAAAAAAUAAUGAAAUUGUUAAAGGAUACUCCUUAUGUCUUUAAAUCUAUUGAAGAGUUUUUUAAUGAAAAAAACUCGAAAUACUAUCAGAUUUCUAAAAAAUAUUCAUGUAAUCUUAAAGACAUAAUGUAAAGCUUCUUUGAUUAAAAAAAAACACUACCACUCAACUAAAUAGUUGGUUUUGCUAUUCAGAUGUCAACAGUUUUUGAAAAAAUUUAGUAAAAUAAUUUGAUUCACUCUGAUAUUAAACCAGAGAAUAUCCUUUACGAUAGCUAAGAAAAAUGCUUUAAUCUAUGUGAUUACGGAGAGUCUAAAUCAUUUAAAGAUGGAUCAAAAACUUACAACCUCAAAGGAUUUACAAGAAAGUAUGCAGCUCCUGAAAUAACAGAUGAUAACGGUUUAUUCAAUAUCAAAUAUGAUAUUUAUGGCUUAGGAAUUAUUCUCCUUGAAUUAACCCUUGGAAAGUUUCUUGAGGAUGGAGAUUGUACUUUUAUCAGAAAUGGAAAACUACCUAAAUAUAUGAGCAAAAACGCUCUAUAUUAAGAUAUUAACUAAAUUAUAAUUAAAAUGCUUGAAAAAAUGCCUUAGAAUAGAAUCGAUUCUUUUGGAUUAGCUAAACAAUUAAAUGAAUUAAGACUAAAAUUAGAAAAUUAGUUUAUUUAUGCGGUAAAGGACAAAUUGGAUUUUACUGAGUCUAAUUUGAUGAUUUCAAAAUUCAGACAAUCUUUUCUUAAAUUUAACUACACGAGCCAACAAAAUGAAGUCCGAUUAGAUAAGUAUGCUUUUAAAGAUUACAGUAAUCUCUCUAAAAUCUAGGAAUGUAUAGCAAAAAGGUUAGUUCAUCACUUAGAUCUUGAUUUCUACUGUAAUAAACUUGGUGCAGAUGGAGCUAAGAACAUAGGAAUGAGCUUGGAGAAGUGCCAAAAUAUAACAUCUUUGAAUCUCUAUCUAUGGGAUAAUAAACUUGGUGCAGAUGGAGCUAAGAACAUUGGAAUGAGCUUGGAGAAGUGCCAAAAUAUAACAUCUUUGAAUCUCAAUCUAUCGUAAUUUAACUAACUAUCAAUUUAUAUUUAGUUUGUUUUAAUUAAUACAUUUGUGAAAUUGAAACUUAAAACAAAUGGGUUUGGAGAAUUAAUUGAUUGA